AUGGGCAAAAAGAGAAAGGCUGGCGGUCGUCCGGCACAAAAGGAGGAUGCUCCUAUGCGCACUAAAUUCAGUAUUGAAGAGCGAUUCGAAGACUCUGAAGAUGAGUUCCAGGCCGGCCGCGAUCAGGUCCUGCUGGAGGAAGCCCCAGAAGCCAAGCGCCGGCGCAGAGUUGCCGAGGAUGAGGAACUGCUCCAGCCGUCCGAUGAGGAAAUCCUAGGUUAUGACUCCGUCGACGAGGAUGACGAUGAGCUCGACGACGAAGAAGACAACAACGAGGAUGACGACGAGGAUGACAUGGGCAAGCCAAAGAAAGGUCGCGGUGCUGAAUCUGAUGAAGACGAGGAGGGCAUUGCCGCCUGGGGUUCGUCGAAAAAGGACCUCUACAAUGCUGAUCAGAUUGAGACCGAGAUUGAUGCCUUGGAGGAAGAGCAGGAGGCUAAGAGACUACAGCAAAAGCAACUGCAGGCAAUGAACGAGGCUGACUUCGGAUUUGACGAAUCCGAGUGGAUGGAAACUGGCAAGGGUGCGGACGAUGAGGCAGAGGACGCUGGGGUGGUCACCGAAGUACUUCCCCAAGUGGAAAUCACUGAGGACAUGGACGACGACGAGAAGCGGAGGAUUCUGAGCUCGAGAUAUCCCGAGUUCGAGCCUCUGGCCAAGGAGUUCGCCAACCUUGAACCUGUUUACAAGGAUCUGCAGACGGCAGCCUCGAAAGCCUCCUCAACACUGAAUGAAGCUUCAAAUGACCCCCAACCAGCUCCUGUGGCUGUGGUGAAACUUCGCGCCCUGUCAACAUACCUCGGCACGAUCAGCUUGUACUUUAUGCUUCUCGCUUCAUCCUCUGACGGGACCGACAACCCCCUAUGGGAGAUGGUUAAGGACCUCGAGGUCCCAGAGAUUAUUGAGGCUGUCCAUAAGCCCGUCAAGACCGCCAAGACCGAAUCGACCAAGACCGAGAAGCAGCCAAAGAAGAUCAAGGAGGUUAAGGAAGCGCCACAGAAGAAUAAGCUGAGUAGGGCAGAGCGGGCCGCCGAAACUGCGCGAGUCGAGGCCGAAGCUCGACGUGCCGAGCGUCUUCGCCAGACCGAAGCUGACUUGGCCGAUCUCGACGACCUGGUCACAGCCCCCACUCAGAAGCGCAAGGUCAAGAAGACCAAGACGUCCUCCAAGGAUGAAGAUGAGUCUGACUUUGGUGAUGAGAAUGCUUUGACUGCUCGUGAGGCAGAGGAGAAGGCCAAACAGAAGCGCUCUCUCCGCUUCUACACCUCCCAGCUGGCCCAGAAGUCCAACAAGCGCCAUAAUGCUGGCCGGGAUGCCGGCGGUGACGCUGAUAUUCCUCACCGCGAGCGUCUCAAGGACCGACAAGCCCGUCUCAACGCGGAAGCCGAGAAGCGUGGUCGUCAACGACCUGAUGUCGGUCAAGAGCUGGGCGGAGAUAGUGACGAAGAGGACCAUCGUGUCCGCAAGGAACUCCGCAAAGGAGACAACCAAUCUGGCAGCGACGAGGACGAGUACUAUGACAUGGUUGCUGCUCGCUCUAAGCAACGCAAGGACGAUAAGCAGGCCCGUGCCGAAGCACACGCAGCCGCAGCCCGCGAAGGUGGGUACGUCCAAGUCCAGGAGGCGGUUGGAGCCGACGGCAAGCGCGCCAUCACAUACCAGAUCGAAAAGAACAAGGGUCUCACGCCUAAGCGCAACAAGGAUGUGCGCAACCCGCGUGUCAAGAAGCGGAAGAAGUACGAGGAGAAGAAGAAGAAGCUCGGCAGUAUUCGCCAGAUCUAUAAGGGUGGUGAGGGUCGAGGUGGCUAUGGUGGUGAACUUACAGGUAUUAAGAAGAACCUGGUUAAGAGUGUUAAGUUCUAA